AUGACAUUCCGGUUUCCGGGGUCGCUCGUGAACAGAGCUUUGCGCAGCCGACUUCUCACCGCGCAGCAAUACCGUGCUACUACUGCAUCCCAACGACUACCGCAGACUUGGCUCGCAUCAAGUAACUACCGCCGUUAUAAUACCUCCUCCUCCCCCAACCGCUCCUUCGAUAAAGAUCGCGAUGCUCGCCGCAUAGGACAUGUUGGCGAGAAACAUUUUAAGAGUCGGCAUGACAAUAGGAGGGAGGUCCAGGAUGUCAAAUCUAGGGAGAACCAUGACAUGUUGAUGGCUAUUGCGUCGGGUUCGCUUACCGGGCGGUACAAUAGUGAGCUCGAAACUUCUGCAAGUAAGGCUCUGGAUCCCGAGGCUGCUGAAAGCGAGGACUUGGAGAACGAUCCCUAUGAUUACCAGGAUGGUGAAAGCGAGGCGCAGGAGAACGGUGUCUCUAAUGACCAAACAUCCAAAGAAGAAGAAGUUGUUGAGGCCGACAUUGAGGCCGACAUUGAGGCCGAUACCGCCGAUGGUGAGGCUCCCGAGAGCGACAAAUAUCGUGGCUCACCUGGAGGAAUGCCCAAACUCACACCCAAGAUUAUCAAUGAGGAGUUGAAAUGGUUGAAUGACCCUCGCAAAAUGGCGGAUCGGGUCGCGCGCAUUUUGCACAGUGGUAAUCCGGCCCUGGCGGCGGCCUUGGUUCGUGCUGGAACAAAGCAGGGCUUGAGAUGUGAUGUUGCCUGGAAUCAUCUCCUGCAAUAUUGCAUGGAUCAAAAUCACCCGCAGGCUGCGUUCAAGUUCUACAAUGAUAUGAAAAAGCGUGGCAGGAGACCUACUCCUAGAACAUAUACGAUCAUGUUGAAGGGCUUCAGCGCAGCCCCGAGGUCAUUGGGUGUCGCCAAAACUGCCGCCUCUGUCUACCGCUCGAUUGGUUCACCAAACUCUGGAGUCAAGCUUGACAUCAUUCACACCAACGCUAUGCUUACAGUCUGCCAUCGUCAUUGGGAUAUGGAUCGGCUGUGGAAAAUUGCCGGUGAAUUACCGGAAGAGGGACCAGGUGCCCCGGAUGCGACCACAUACACCAUUAUCUUGAACGCUGUCCAAUUCGCAGCUCGCAGAGAUAUACAGAAAAUGUCUCCUGAUGAGAUUGAAAAGAUCCUCGAACGGAAGGCCCAGGUUAUUACCGAAGGCAAGCGUAUUUGGGCCGAUGUCAUCUGGCGGUGGAAGAACCAAACCUUGAAAAUUGACAAUGAACUUGUUAACGGCAUGGCCAGCUUGCUUCUGGAAGGCGGUAGUGAUAUCGACUGUUACAAUGUCAUGGAAUUGUACAAGCAAACCAUGGGGGUCCCUAUACUGCAAAAGCGACCCAUUGAGAACGAGAAGACGACCCGCCGCAGGAUCACCCCCGAGCAAACUCAAGCUCUUGAAGUCUCAGAGGCUACGCGGCAAUCAAAAUUGGAGGAUGUUCCGUUCGUAGACGAAAACAAUCGACCAAUCCAAAGCUUGAAAUCGGCCGUGGAAGUUGAGCAAGACUUGAUCGAAGAACUCAAAGAAGUGGAGGAGACGGAGAAAGCGGAGGAAGAAGUGGAAGAGGAGGAAGAGGAGGAAGACUUUACAGAACUCUUCAAACCUGUCGUUCCCCAGGCGGAGGAGCUAUCAUUCCUUCAACCAAACAGCAAGGAACUGACUCUUAUCCUGAAUGCUUGUUUCACCAUGACCCAAGGAUCCGAGGGUGGGCAGGCUUACUGGAAACAUAUGACUUUGGACGACUACGAUUACCGCAUUGACCCCGAUACCUUCACCUACAUCCAAUAUUUCCGCCUCCUCCGCAUCUCUCGCUCCAGCAAAAUCAGUGUCAAAACCAUGCGGGAGCAGAUGGUUCCCUCCGGCCAAGCAACCGGAACAGCAUUCCACGUCGCUCUCAGUGUCUGCCGCCGUGAUCGCCGCAACCACUCAGUCCUCCAACAUGCGAACGAGCUGGUCGCUUUGAUGGACAAAGCAUUGAUCCUACCUGACAUUCGCGUCCUCGAGGGCUAUCUAGAAACGAUCCAGAUCCUUUCCGCCAACCCAUCCGUCCUUCUGCACCUCAGAGGACUCGACACAACCGAUGACUCCAAAACCUCCAAAACCACUAAACUGCAUGAGAUGGGCAGGAAGCUACAAGCGAAGCUGCGACUAGCUGCUAUCGCCACAUUACGGCCAUAUAUCCUCCAGCUGCACGAGGCAAUGGAGAACGGUAAACCCGAGUCGAAGACUCGCUGGAGUGCCAUCCAGAACACACUGUCGGAUUCUGUCGCUGGUCCGGCGGCCGUGAAGAUCAUGUCGCGGGUUCGUCUGGUGGUUGACGAUACCCUCAAGCUUGAUUAUAAGGCUUAUGUCUCGAAGGCCGAGCGCAAGGCUCUUGACGCUGACUCGAAGAUGCUGAAGAAGUAUUCUGACAAGGAUGUUAUUGCGACUUUCAAGAGAAAGAAGGUAUACCCGACGAUUCAACAGAAGGAGGAGGCCCGGGAACGCAUCAAAAAGUUCCAGUGGGAGGCUCGGAAUUCUCGGAACCAAGAAGGUUCGGAUCAGCAAGAGGACUCUCUCUGA